ACUCUAGCCGAGCGCGCGCCGGAGCCGAGUGAGUAGCGUUCACCUCGCUUCGUGAUAAACACGCAUCACCGCACCGAGCUGGAGGUAGCGCGCACGUAUCGUGCCAUCUCGAAUGGGCAUCGCUCCUGCACUCGACCUGGACUCUGCCGUACCGGAAAAACACCAGUGACCUCGUGGUUUAUUACACAGAAAUGAAAGCCCAUCAAAAACUCCAUGGAGUAGCGAGACUGAAGAACAGGCCACACUAUGGAGUUGCAGUGUUCCUGUUGGCGGCCUGGGUAGUUCCGGUCGCCAGAUGUUCGCUGGUGAAAAUACCCAAGUGCUGCCCUCUGCACCAGCAGCUGUCCUACGACUUUGAUUCAUGCAUCGAUUACGAGAGCGCGGCUGCCACUGAGAACGACACCAGCUGGUGGUUGUCGCCCGAAGUGAUCGACCAGAUGGACGCUGAGUGGGUGGUGGCCCCGGGACAGCGGCAGGCCUGUUCUGCAGCCGAGUCGACGCUGUGGCUGCAGGAGUUGGGAGACGUGGUCAUGACGGCAGGGGGCCGCCUGGAGCUGGACGUGGGUGGCGACAGCGAGCCGAUCCAGCUGGAACUGGAGCCCCACCUCUACUGCCUGGACAGGACGCAGAUCGCCGGCGGGCGGCUCGUGGCGCUGUCUUGCCUGUGCGGCUCGGCACCCCUGCGCUGCUGGACCAGCUGCUGCCCCGGCGGGUCGGCGCUCAGCUUGGUGGGGGAGCAGGCGGCCAGCUGCGUCCCCUCCCAGCACGAGCAGCCAGGCCACUGGGCACCACAGCCGCACCUCUUCACUCCAGGGGGCGGCGUGCCCUGGAGGGUCACCACUCUGCCUCAGUGUGAGGAGAACGAACACGUAGUGGUGCUGCCUGCUGGUAGGCGGUACCGGCUGCUGGCCGAUGGCGGCGCUGCUGUGGAGGACGGGGAAUCCCCAGAAGGGAGGCACCUGUCAGCCCACCGGUACUGCGCAGACGCGGAGCACUUCCUGUACUGCAAGAGCAGGGCGGCCAACCCCAGCAGCGGCGAGCGCACCAGGCGCGUCGUCUACGUCUGUUUACUGGUGCUGGGAACAGCCUUUCUGCUCGCCACUAUCGCCAUCUACUCCUGCUUCCCAGUGCUGCUGAGCCGGGUCUUGUCUCGAGCCCUGGUAGCACACUGCUGCUCUCUGGUGGCGGCCUACGUCACUGCCGCCGUACUGCACGCUGCCUCGCAUAUCCCACACCCUGCCUGCACAAUCACAGCAUUCGUCAUGCAGUUUUCUUACCUGGCCGCAUUCUUCUGGCUGAAUGUGAUGUGCAUUGAUAUAGCACUGGCAGUCAGCUGGAGGAGCCGCCCGCAGGAAGGCAGCACACACAGGGAGCGGUGCAAGUUCCUGCUGUACUCUGCGUAUGCCUGGGGUAUGCCAGCCACUGUUUGUGCCAUCACAGCUGCUGUGGACUUCUCUUCAGCAGUGCCCACCACCAGCCAGCUCAAGCCCAACAUCGGCACCGUAACUUGCUGGUUCCAAGGUGAAACAGCAAUGCUAAUAUACUUCUACGGCCCCGUCUCAUGUGUGAUGGUUGUGAACUUGUUGCUGUUCAUUUUAACUGCUGUAAAUACUACAGUUAGAAGUGAAAACCAGGGUGAUGGUGCUCAAACAGGUACUAUCAAGACCAAAACAAGGACACAACGAGAAAGGUUCUUAAUGUUUAGCAAAAUAUUCAUCUUGAUGGGUCUAACUUGGGUAACUGACAUUUUGUCAUGGAUUUUUGGUGGACAGCACAAGUAUUAUUGGAUUGUGACUGACACAAUAAAUAUUUUGCGGCCCGCUUUAAUUUUCUAUAUCUUCUGCUGCAAUCGAAGAAUUCUGGAGAUGCUGGCAGCUCACCUGCCAUGUACCUCUGGCUGUUCUUCAAACCACACUAGCUCCAGUACAGAAUCAGGAUGCAGCCUGAAUGUUUACAGAGUGUGUUCUAAUGAUGACAGUCAUAGCCCAACAGUACAGUAUAGAGCACUCACUGGUAGAGAAAUUUCACAUGGAGACCAUCAUUCCAUGAAAAACCUCAGCAACUAUAACAAGAAAUCUACAAGGCCAAUAAUAAAAUAAGAAACACUGUGAACAGAAAUUGAAGAUCUGAAAUGGGAAAAUAUUCAGCUCUCCAUUCUGUUACUGGAAUAUGACUAUGUGACUAAAAAAUUUAGAUAAAAUAACUGGUAGUAGGAUGAACAGUGAAAAAAUUGUACCCAAGUACAAAUUAGGGUAAUUAAUGAAAUAUGUAAAUUAAAGAUCUGGUGUUAUUACAAGUUGAGGAAAAUGGAGAUUUAGGACAUCCAUGGAAGUUUAAAAUUGUGGAACAGCAUUACUUUACACAUGGAGCUGCCCAUGUAUGUAUCAUGCACUAACUUAAAAUUCAGUUUUGACUACCUUUCUGUUAGACUUUUAAAUGUGCUAGCAACCUCACCAAUGUGUACCCUACAUCAAACUACUAAAUAUCAUGCAACUAAGAUGAAUGCACACAACAUUAUUUUCUAGAAUGGUGUUACCUCAGCUUAUGUGGCAACAAAAUAUUCAUCCACUAGCUGGGCUAAAAGUGCGUGCUGUAUGAAGUACGGAACUUGCUCAACCACUUAACAUCUCACUAACCAAGACAUAUGUUUGGAGGAACCAGCUAUUCUUUUAAAAUAAAAGAUUAUUGCCAGAGAACAAUCUAAAAAAAAGAGUUUCUUUUCUUGCCAAAAUCACUAACUGAGAUCGACUGUUUGAUUAUAGCAUCAAAGCCGUGCAAUGCCACUUUUAAUUGAAUGAUGAUGGUUUUUAGCAUCUCUUAGACUAAAUGAACAAUGAAUGAAAUUUGCUUGACCCCUGAAGCUGUCAUUAAAAUAGCGAUUUUCAGCCAAACUAUCUGUAAGCUUCCAGAAUUUUUGGAAUUUUAGCUGUAUACACUAUUUGAUCAGAAGUAUAUGGACAUUAAUACUAGGUGUGUACACAUUUGCUUUCACAGUGGCUUGAACUCAGUUGGAGGCACUUUCUAUGAGGUGUCUGAAUGUAUCUGAAGGAGUAGCAGCCCAUUCUUCCUGAAGAGCCAAAACCAGAGAAGGAUGGACACUGCGGUAUGGAGCAAAGUCUAGUGUCCGAUUCCACUCGUUGGCUUUGAGCAGUGACGUCAUACCUACGGUAAUCUAUGAAAGAAACUCAUCCUAUUCAUAAACAAACAAAUUUAGCAUACAACAAAAUUACAAACAUAGUUCACGCGAUUAAUUACUUAGCCACAAAUUAUACCAACAAGAAUCAAAGGUAACAAAAAUAUAUUAGAAGAGAAAAAGAGAAAUAUACAUGUCUGCAAUAAAUUAUCAAUGUAAUUUACGCCAGUAAGAAAAGGACAGAGAAUGAUUAAAUCCAGUACAGUAUAGCGCAUGAUGAAUGCAUAGCAUUAACUUAUAAUACUAGUUGUUAAAUCUUAUGGGGCUAAUACACAAGUAAUGAAAAUUGACAGAAAAUAGAUCUAACAAAUAUUGGAAUUGGCAACUGGAAUUGACAUAUAUAGGUUAAAUCUAGUUACUGAUGGUAUUACUCUCAUCACUAGUAUGAAAAUAGAAAGAUAUACCUACAAUAUUUUUUAGUUUAUCGUAGCAUUUCUGAGAUCAAUAAGUAAUCUAAAAAUCCUGUCAACACUUAGUCCACAUACUUAUUGUAAAUAUGUCCAAAAUUAUGAACCAUUGAAUAGCUGGAAUCAAAAGGCUAACUAGAACUGAUCUCCUAUACAGGUCAAUUCUAGGUAUCAAUUUCAGCCAUUCAAUGAAUCGUUAAUUAGAUCGUUUUUUCAGCACGUGUGUGCACUAAAAUGUAGGCUAAUAUGAUUUCUGCACUUGUACUUUUUCUCUGAACUACUGCCAAAACAUUACUAAUUUUGGAAUCGGUAACUAGAAUUGACCUAUAUAGAAGUGUCAGUUGUAAUUACUGAUUCCAAUUUUUGUUAUACACUGCAGAUGUUUUAGAAAGCAAUUACAAAUGUAAAAAUACUACUAUGUUUCAGUGCAUUCAACUGCAUAAUUUACAUAUGAAUCAUUGAGCUGUUGGCAGCGGUAAUAGGAGUUUACCUACAUAGUUAAUUCUAGUUAUCGAUUCCAAUAUUUCUUAUUUUUUGUAGAUAUUCUUUAGUCAUGUACUGGCUUUUCUUUAACAAUUUAGUGUGUCAGUUUCUCCACAUUUCACGCUACUGUUUCACAUUUGUUGUCAUUCAUUUAAUUUUCCUGUUUUUCUGUUAUAUUUUAGUUUCUUCCUGCCCAAAUCCCCAACUUUCCUGUGUUUCUCCCAUGAGAUUCAAUAAUUAAUAGUAAAAUUAAUGCUAUUUUAUAACAGUAUGACUUCACCAUGUGCUUUACUGUAUUGCAAUGUCAAGGUUCUCUACAGUUAUAUACUCGCAUAGAUUACUAGAAGGUGACACAUGAAAAUUUGUUUUUAAUACUUGGUCUUAAUUAUUUUUGUUAUCUUCAAUUUAUUUAGAUAAUUGAUAACUAAGCAAAUAACUGUGUGAAUGUGAUUGUAAUUUUGUCAUAUGCUACAUUCGUUUGUUUGAGUAUGAUCUGUUGUUUUAAUGAAUUGCCUAUAUGUAGCAUCUUUGUCUUAGGUAUGAUCUCAUUGCUCAAAGCUGAUGAGUGGAAUUGGACACUAGAAUUUGUCCACAAAGACAGGGUGCUCUGCUGUACACAGUACACAAUGCUGUGAAAUGUGUAAUAUCCUUCAUUUAACAUUUUCUUAAGCACAGCAAUAGGACCACAUGCUAACAAUGAAAAGGACUCCCAAACUUUAAUGCAUCCUCCAUGCUUCAUGUUGGAACUACAAAUGAUGGGAUGUAACUUUCACCAGGCAUUUGCCAAACCUGAAUUCUUCCAUUGGAUUUCCACACAGUACAGUGUGAUUCAUUAUUUCAAAUCACUCAUUUCCAGUCAACACUGUGCAGCAGUGUUGGUCUUUAUACCACUUCAAAUGUCACUUAACACAGACUACAGAAAUGUCUGGCCUUUAAGGAACUGCUUGAUGAUCAUAUUCCUUUCUUUUUCAACUCCCUUCACACAGUCAUUGUGCUAGCUGGAUUCCUUGGUAGCACUUUGGGACUUGAAAGUGGUCACUGAGUUCAUAUGACUUUUUACAAUCACUCUUCUCCACAGUAACAGAUGGCAUCUGUCAAUCAGUACAUGAGGUCUGCAUGUGCUUGGCUCUAGGUGUUCCUUUGCAUUUCACUUGACAAUCGCAUUAUCAAAAAUCAACUUGAGCAGCUUUAGAAGGGCUGAAAUAUAUCUGAUGGAUUUGUCACUCAGGUGACAUCUGGUGACUAGUCCAAGUUCAAAGUCACUGAGCUCUCUUUACCAACUCAAUCUGCUGAUAUUUUUUCUUCACCUCUCAUGACAUCUGGUGGUCAACUCUGCAUUACGUAGUGGUGUCCGGACACUUUUGAUCUGACAGUGUGUUUACUACAGCCAAAUUAAUGCAUGUUAUUUGAUAUUUGUAAGGCAGCUUUCUCUAGUAGAUAAUAGACAACUAACAGAGAAUAAAAAAGGAACUCAUUUUCACCUGCUUCAGAAAAGAAUUGCUGGCCACUACUUUCUCGAACAGUGCAAAAUUUUCAACAGUGUUGGCAGAUAGAUAUAAAAGUAGAUUAAUUGUAUCAAUGGAAAAUUCAGCCAAGAAAACUAAUAAAUCUGUGACAGAGUUGAUGGCUUCAAGGGACAAAAUGUAUAAUACUGCCAAUAGAUGUACAUAAAAGUAAGAGUGAAACUCGAUACAGCACUGUUCCUCCCUCAGGAGGGAUAAAGGGAUAGAUUGAGGAAGCUUAGAAAUCAAAGGAAAAUUACUCAGACCACAGGAUUUGAAGGACAAAGGUGACGUACCUCAUCAGUCAUUCCUAUAAAGCGUUUGACUACCUGGAUACAACGAAUGAAAAUUUCUGUUAUCUGAGUGUCAAGCAGCAGUGACAAUUGCAAAGCUGCAUGACAAAUAGUAGAAUAUUGUAAACAGCCCUCUGUUGUCACAGAUGUCAGAAGGAGGCUACCAUUAUCUAUGAAAAGUAACAGUGUAUUUAUGUUGGUAUUAAGAUAUCAAUAUAACUAUAAACAUCAGUGGUUUUCAACCAUCUGUUAAGUCAAGCUCACAAAAUAACACAGUUCUGUGUUAUACAUCCAUUGCUAACAAUAAUGCAAGUGCAGACUCAUAAAUUGUCAAAGCAUGUCACAUGACUGGCAUAUUCUUAGAGUCAUUGGAGGCUCCUCCUGUGACUAUCAUUGAUGUAAAUGACUUUGUAAAUAGCGAAUCUCUCAAUGAAUGUCUUUUUGUUAUAAAAUCUGAAAUAAAACUGGUAUGCACACUUACCUAAAUACA